GUGUUUAGAGACCCGGAUAUUAGUCACAACCUGCACACAGUUCAACCAUCAGAGAGGCAGAGUGGUGAUGAGUUGAUGCAUCCAUGAACACACGACGGCGUCACGGUCCUAGAAGCAGUCAGGAUGGGGUGUACACUGGACUGUCUCAGACCCAGUCCCAGCUGGAAACCCCCCUGGCUGUCCCAGCACCCAUCACCCCUGUCAUAGACAACUUCAGCAUGUCCUGCCGAGACCGUACCAGCGAGUUUCAGUCGGCGUGCAAGUCCCUGCAGGGGAGACAGAAUGGAGCACAACCUGUCAGAGCUGUCAACAGUGCAGUCAGACAGCGGAGUGAAUUCACACUCUUGGCGAAGCGAAUUGGAAGAGACCUCAGCAACACUUUUGCCAAGUUGGAGAAGCUCACAAUCCUCGCCAAAAGAAAGUCCCUUUUUGAUGACAAAGCGGCUGAAAUUGAUGAACUCACUUACAUUGUGAAGCAGGACAUUAACAGUCUAAAUAAGCAGAUCGCUGGCCUGCAGGAACUCGUUCGAUCACGGGGUGGACAGAAUGGCAGACAUCUUCAGACGCAUUCCAACACCAUCGUCGUCUCGUUACAGUCCAAAUUGGCGUCAAUGUCGAGUGACUUCAAGUCAGUCCUGGAAGUCAGAACAGAGAACCUAAAGCAGCAGAGAAGCAGACAAGAGCAGUUUUCUCAGACUCCUGCCUCAUCCUCCUCUUUCCACGCCAGCAGCUUCAACAAUUCGGUGCUCAUGCAGGACGACUCCAAGAAGACGGAUAUAUCUAUCGAUAUGGACCUCAGCUCCGGUCAGCAGAUGCAGUUAAUCAGUGAACGGGAGUCAUACAUUCAGAGCCGUGCUGACACGAUGCAGAAUAUAGAGUCCACCAUCGUGGAGCUGGGAUCCAUAUUUCAGCAGCUGGCUCAUAUGGUGAAAGAACAGGAAGAGACUGUACAAAGAAUUGAUGCUAAUGUCGAGGACACUCAGCUGAACGUGGAUCUCGCGCACACAGAGAUACUCAAAUAUUUCCAGUCUGUGUCCAACAACCGCUGGCUGCUCAUCAAGAUGUUCCUAAUCCUCAUCCUUUUUUUCAUUGUCUUUGUGGUUUUCCUGACCUGACGUCCACUCUUAAGAUUCAAAGAAUCGGGAGAUUCUCAGUAUUUAAGGAAUGAAAGGGGCCGUUUUCUCGGUCUCUUUUUUUUCUUCUCUCUGCUCUUUCUGUCCUCACCGGCCGCUGAACCUUUUAGUCCAUUUAAAUUUCAAUCUGAUAUGUUUCUGUAUCUGCACAGUCAACUGUUGAAAUAAUAUCCUUUAUUUUGGUUUUCUAAACCGUGCAGAUUACAGAGAUAUCCUUGAGUAAAGCCAGCAAUCGUCUCAUGGAGAAACAACCACAAUUUUAACAGAUUCUGUGUCACUUUUGAUUGAUCGUAAUCAUGUUACACACCUUCAGACAUCCAUGUGUUCAUAGACCUUAUUAUGCCUUUGCAUGUUUUUCUCUCUGUUGUCUAAAUCUUCUUUUAGAGAAGACUAUGCAGUGGUUCAUCUUAUAUUCUGCCUGCUGCAGACCACCAAAUCAUCUCGUAUGAAGAUUAUGCAUUACACUUUUAUGAUGACUCUGACUAGAUAUUUUAAUAUGUGUUCUUUCGGUUUUUAAUUUUGGGAUUGAUUACCACUUUUACAACACUUGUGUAGACAGCAGGUUCAGCAGGUGAGAAUUAAGUAUCUGGAGCUAGUUUAACAUUUACACAUUUUGGCUGUGAAUCAUGAAAGCUUAACACAACUCAAACAGGAUUUAUUUUUGAUUUCACUGGGGGUUUUAACCAUCCUCCACAAGCUUGUUUGAAAUGUGUCAGUAUAUGGUCUCGGGGGGUCCAUGAGAAUACUUCAAAUGGUGUUUUCUAGAGAAUUGAGAUUGGGGGAACGUCCCACUCCACCAUUUUUGAAAUGCAUACUGUAAAAUGGAAGAACUGAACCAUUUGAAUUGUAUGCUUUCUUCACAAUG